AUGUCUUGCCCUAUCGUACAUAUUCCAGUUCCAACUUUCAGGUCGUUCCUCGAUAUGACCGGCAAGAACAUGUUGGAAGCACAAAUAACAGGACUUCCUGUCAGAAAUUCAACGAACGUCGGCGACCAGAUGAUCACUCUUGAAGAUAGGGAGGACUUUUAUGACCAUGGUCCCAACUACAACCAUAAAGCGGACUGUCCAUUUCAAUACUACACCCCUACAAUCGAACUGCUUGCUUGUGAACUACGUAUUUACAACAUGGGUCUAACGAUGGAUUUUCUAGGCUGCACGGAGGUCACCCUUGCUUUCAGAAUGAUCUACUUCAAGGCAAUGUCUACUUACAACGAACCAAUUACACCGGGCUUCUCGCAGAUCCUCGACUUGAUGCAGGAACUCAAUGACUCGGAAGAUCCAGAUGAAAAGAUAAACCUAUAUAUCCUUCAGGACCCAGAUAAUCUAACGGUCUGUACUGUACGAUUUCUUAUGGCUAUGGCCAAUUUAUGGGUGAGCGCGGAUUUCCAAGCCAGGUACCCAGGGAUCCAUAGUCCCACGGACGUUUCAAUGAGACAAAUUAUAUUCUCUGGCACAAUGAUCCUAGAGUUAUACUCUAGACACUCUCGUAACCUCGAGGUAAAAAUAUACGAGGAUUACGAAAGUGAUGGUUACGCCAACGCCCCUUUGUUGGACAAGAGUCAUUCCAACGCUUCGAGUCCUUGUCUGGGUUCGGUUGACGAUGAACCCAUGACUCCAUCUUCGAUAUUGUAG